AUGGUCGCCAAGGCGAGACGGCUUCUAGCCACGGAUACCCACACGACCCACGCGGCCCACGACUUGCAUCGAGACCCAAGCGGUCAAUUGGGCCAUGUCGCCGCUGUCGCAAAGACAUGCCCUCCCGUGUUCCCAACAUUCCGGGACUUUGGGCUUCAUUGGUUCACCCGUGCGCAAGAGACCCAGAACGAACUACAGAAAGGACAUUUCAUUCGAGAAGGGGAGGGGGGGGGACGAAACGAGUCCAAGAGGGUCAUCCAUCUUCACAGUCUGAGAGUCAGAGCACCAAACGAUCGCCCAUUGUUCUUGUUCCUGGUCGUCAUGAUGAUGAUGAAGCUGAUCGCGACCUGUCAAUCAUGGUCGUGGCACGUGAGAACUCUGAACGAGGAUGACGGUGGAGGCUUCUUGGUUGCAAGUGCCGGCGUGUCUACCAAAUGGAGCUCAUUUCGGGGGAUUUUCAUCUGA